CGGGACGUGAGGUCAUAAUAAUUACACAACUAGCGUAUCAACAGAAGUGCGAUGCCGCCAUGUCGUCCUCGUCGUCCUCGUCAAUGCAGCAGCGCAAGGAGGAGAUUCUCGCAAAGAAGGCCAAGCUGGCUGAGCUGAAGCGCCAGCGAGAACUGCGGCAGAAGGACCUCAACACUACGCGCCACAGCCUCGAUGCCUCUGAGCUCGUUGCCCCAUCACCGCAACGCAUCAGCAGUAGCAGCUUCAAGCGCGAGGACAUCGAAUCGCUCAUCUCGUCGCUGGUCGACCGCCCCGCGUCCACCGCGAACACCACCAAUUCGCACCUCUCCGACGACGGCCACACCUCGCCGCCAGCAGCAGCAACUAUACCGCGAACCUCCGAUGGCCAUGCCGUCCCACAGACACUCUCGCUGGCCGCGCUGACGACCGUCUACGAGAUUCCCGUCGAGUCGAAACCAGAGUAUAUAACCUACAGCAAGGGCGUGCAGACUGCAGCAGACGGCUGGCAGCAGACCAGCGUCGACAGUGCGGAAGGCAGUGAUGGCGAUGCCACGUCGACGAGUCCAACUCGUCGGCGGCGCAAUUUAAGCCCACGUGCCCGCGAGCUCCACGAGGAGACGAUUCGCCAGCGUCUGCGCCAGGAGAUCGAGGAAGAGCUGCGGGCCCUACAAUCGAACGACCACGUGGAACCAGAUAAGGAGCGCUUCCCAGCCAGAGCACUUGCUCCCGAAGAGCUCAGCGCUGUGACUAGCAGCAACGACUUUCUAGACUUCGUGGAGCGCAGCAGCAAGGUCAUCGAACGAGCGCUAGACGAGGAGUAUGAUGUACUGGCUGACUAUGCCGCGAACGCCCGAGCUGCGGAGGAUGAAGAUGACGAGUAUGUGGGCAGACGAGGCAGAAGAGUCAAGGAGGUUGCUUCAUUUGAACUACAGCACGAGAUGGGGAAGCAACGCAUGAUCAGUGAUAUCGACUUCAGUCCCAAGUUUCCGGAGCUGAUAUGUACAGCCUACACCAAGUCACAGUCCUCCCCCCAUACGUCGCCUGGUCUCCUUAAUGUGUGGAAUAUGCACCUCAAAGGCCGACCAGAAUACAGCCUGCACGCCACCUCUGAUCUUCUCUCCUGCCAGUUCCACCCCUUUCACCCGUCCUUGAUUCUUGGUGGCACAUACAGUGGACAGCUCUGUCUGUGGGACACGCGUGCCCGGAACCAAAGGACUGGCGAGCCUGUGCAGAAGACACCGCUUACAGGAGGCAGGACCGGCCACGCGCAUCCUAUAUACAGCUUGGCUACAGUCGGCACACAGAAUGCAAGCUCAGUCGUGUCUGUCAGCACAGAUGGCGUGGUGUGCGCAUGGUCGACGGAUAUUCUCACACAGCCUCAGGAGUAUUUGGAGCUGCACGCUCCGAAUCCUUCAGCGCACAAGACCGAUGAUGUGGCGCCGACGUGCAUAUCGUUUCCCGCAGCAGAUCCAACCUAUUUCCUUGCAGGAACAGAGCAAGGUUCGAUCUUCCCAGUGCAUCGUUAUGACCGCGCGGGCGCCAAGUCCGGCGUCGAUGCCCGAACGAGCUACCGCGGCCAUGAGGCUCCAGUGACAGGGAUUGAUUUCCAUCCUGCCAGUGGAAAGAUUGACCUCGGCGAUCUUUUUGUCAGCUGUGGCCUGGACUGGAGCGUCAAAGUCUGGCGUGCUCGUCCACCUUCCACUACGUCCAGUACCAUUUCGGGCAACGCAGAGAUCGUGAAGCCAUUGCUUGAGAUCCAACGCGAGGACAGUGUCUACGAUGCCAAGUGGUCGCCCACCAAACCCGGCAUUUUUGGAUGUGUGGAUGGUAGCGGGCGAUUUGACAUAUAUGACAUCAACGUGAGCUCGGAAGUGCCUGUCGGUGGUGCGAGGCCAAGCCACCAGGAGAAGGACAUUUACGCACUGAAGAGCCUGAACAAGCUGGCAUGGGAGAAGAACCAGGGUCGGCAUGCAGCAGUGGGUGGACUUGAUGGAGUCACCACGGUGUUUGAGGUGGGAAGUGAACUUGGUGGAGCGGACACUAAAAGUGACGCCUGGCUAGGAAUCAAAAAGUUCGUUGCGAGGCGGGCUAAGAACAAGGUGGAUCUAUGAUCUACCUAUGUAUGCUAUGCGCACCGUCUCGAUGUCGUAUAUCCAAGCUGCACAAAGCCCUACUGCAUUCAUGGACACCCACGAAACGACCACGCUUCCCGUGCGGCCUUUCGAACCUGUCGAUAGAACUUUGCACAUGGCGUACUAUCGAUUUAAGAAAUGAAUCACCUCAGCGUGAUCAGAGCGCCGAAGCCGUUGUACUCACAUGGUCUAUAUUUAAUCCUCGGUUGUUGCGCUCAUAUCUGUCCGUCUUUGCUCUACCGGUUUGGCUCUCUCAAGUCGCGAUCUCGUACCGAUGGCAUUGAUCAUCAUCGACUGAAGGGAUUUCAGAUUGAUAGUGCUGGUCGAGUGUUGGUUGGCAGGAAGCCAGACCAUUACCCAUAAGAGUGGGUAGAACCAUUUUUUUCAGUAAUACCGUUAGGAGCUUCACUCACACCGGACAAUUCUUUGUGUUUCAACACAGCUUGGAACAGAUUGUCGAGUCUCUCGAUUGCCGCUUGGCCGAUCUGGUAGUGGACGACCAAUCGUCCUCCGAGCAGUCGUACACCGGCUUUUUGACCUUGGAACAACUAUCAGCCCGCUGGUAGGAAGGGUGAGCGCCAAAACGCAAUACUUACCUAGCUCGACGAACUUGUCGACUGUGAUUCCUGCGGCCUCGACAUCGAGCCAUACCAUGUUGGUCUCCACCGCAUGGCUGGUCCUGCCUCCAUAGCCCUCCCACAGCGCGGCAAUUUGGCGGGCACGUUCGUGACACGCUUGGAGUUUGCCGCCAAGAAAGGUGUCCUCGACUGCGACCCGUGCAGCAGCAGUCAGAACACCAGCUUGCCGGAUGCCUCCACCAAUGCUCUUCCGAAUCCAGCGUGCACGCUCUCGGAAGGCCCGUGUACCGACUAUCAUGCUUCCCACGGGUGCACCUAGACCUUUGGAGAAGCACAGACUAACGCUGUCAAAGCAAGCACAGUAAUCCGCCAAGCUCCCAGCUCCAGCAGCCACAGCCUCCCAUAACCUCGCACCAUCCAAGUGCAUGAUGAUGCCGUGUUCAUGUGCCCAGUCACUAAUUCGUCGGAUUUCCUCGACGGGGUAAAUGACGCCUCCAAGCGUGUUCUCGAGGGAUAUCAACUUGGUAGGACACCCAUGGACAUCCUCUCGCAGAUCCACAGCCUUCUGCACGUCUUCCAACGUCAAAUACUUUCCAUUACUGGGUAUCGCUCCUUUGCACAGGGCACCGCACAGAGACGCUACGCCACCCGCUUCCCACUCGAUGAUGUGAGCGCGGUGGUCGGCCACGACCGAGUGCGGAGGCCCUUGCAGAUGCGUGCGAAUGGCGACUUGAUUCCCCAUGGUUCCGGAGAGCACGAACAGUGCCGCUUCUUUUCCCGUCAGGAGAGUGAUGAGUUUCUCGAGGUCAUUGGUGGUGGCGUCUUCUUGAAACACAUCAUCUGCUAAUGUCGUGGCGGUGAUGGCCUCGAGCAUACGAGCAUUGGGUGUUGUGAUGGUAUCGCUUCUAAAGUCAAAUGCAGAAAUGGGAGAUUCGGUGCACCAGUAGUUGUUGGACUUGACGCCAUUGGUGGCGUGGCUAUCCAUGGUGGUGGUGGUGGUGGUGGUGGUGGUGGCUGUGGAGAUUUUGCGCAGUGGUGUCGUUACAGGAGGCGCAAUGGAGGAAGAAGAAGAAGAAGACGACGACGUGGCGACUCGCAGAGUAGACAAGAAAGAUGAUGAUGAUGCAGAGAAGAAACUUCUACUACCAUGUCUG